CACCAUUUUACUUCCUAUUUUGCAUUGAUCUUUUAUCAUUCAGCAAAAAUAGUCUGACAAAAUGUCCAGCUCAUCAUUCAACGUUUUGACCGUAAACGCCGUGGAUCUGCAACGCCUCCUAGUAGAAAAUAAGAUCACCAGCGUGGAAAUUGUCCAGCAGUACUUUGAACAGAUUGAUCGCCAUGAGCCAGUCCUCAACGCUUUCAUUUCCGCUGCGCCUCGAGAUAAGGUGGUGAGUGCCGCUGCAGCUCUGGAUGAAGAGCGUAGGAAUGGCAAGAUCCGCAGCGCAUUUCAUGGAAUUCCAAUUGUCCUCAAGGAUAGCUUUAUAACUGCUGCCGAUCUUGGCAUGAGCACUACUUUGGGAUCAUGGGCCUUUGUCGGAGCCAAAACAGCAAAGAACUCUGCAAUUGCGCAAACCCUAAUAGAUGCUGGCUUGAUUAUACUGGGAAAGGGAAACAUGACGGAAUUCGCUGGCAUGAAAAUGACAACCAUAAUGUCGGGUUGGUCGAGUCAUGGCGGCCAGACGCUGUCUCCAUACGUCGGCAAGAUUGAAGAAAACGAGACUCUAAUAGGGCACUCGGCCCCAGGGGGGUCCUCCACAGGUUCCGCUGUUGCUGUAGCUGCAGGCUUUAGUCCUCUGGCGAUGGGAACAGAAACAGUCGGAUCCAUCGUCACUCCAUCGACUCGCGCAGGGCUAUAUGCUCUCAAAAUAACACACGGUGCCCUUGAUACAACUGGUCUAUACGCGCUGUCGGAUUUCUUCGACUGCGCGGGACCCAUGGCAAAAAGCGCUGCAGACAUACGACUGAUGGCUGAGAUCUUACUGAAGCGCACAUUCGAUUCUACUUGUUUUGGGACCUGGGAAGGGCUGUCGGUUGGAUUUCUCGAUCCUCGCGCGUGGACAAUAAGCGAAGAAAUGUGUCCACAGCAUGAAGGAACGGCAGAGCAAUUGGUAGAAGAAUACGAGGCAGUCGUUGAACUUCUCAAGAAAAGGGGGUGUGCCUUGAAAUAUCCUGCCGAGAUUGCAGGCGUCGAAGAAUUGACUGUGGACGGAGAGCCUGCCAUUACGCCAAUCGCAUUUUGGGAAUUUAAAAACGUAUGCAUCCCUCGAUUCGUCGACUCGUUUGACGAAUGUCCCGUGAGGAGUGUCGAAGACAUUGUCAAAUUUAACCGAGAGAAUAGCGAGAAAGCUAUGCCCCCUCCCUAUACGGAGCAAAAUGACCUUGAAAAGUCUCUCACUUACAACGACGAGCCGGAAAAGAUCGAAUCCUUGAAGAGUAGAUUCCGACCUAUCGGACAGCAGAUCAUCAACAACGCUUUCGACACUCAAGGACUAAAUAUUAUUGCGGCACCUGGCGAUAGUUCACUUUGCAUACAUGCCGCUGCAGCAGGCUACCCCAUCGCCACUGCGCCAGUCGGACAGCUGCGAUACAACGGACGCCCAUUCGGAUUGAGUUUCCUAGCUAGGGCAAACGAUGAAGAGUCGCUGGUGCGUUUCAUGGCAGCAUACGAGGCAGUGGCUGCGCCUCGCCCAGUGCCAAACAUAUAAGCUCUCUCUUUGUAAUAAAAUAUUAUCAUCUCUGGUGAGGAGCAGAUGGAGGAGAGCCAUACUAUUCAGACUCGACUAGAAUUUCGCUCCAUAUCCCCAUUGCCACAUUUGUUAUUUAAACAUAAUAUAUACUAUCGC